AUGUCCGGAGAAACACCAGCCACAGGGAUGCCAGAGACGACAGAAGGCGCCAAUUCCCAGCAAUCGUUCCACGACGACUCUCUUCAGAGGGGCGGACACGAUCAUGGCAACAAAGACAGUGACUCCAGAAGCACGACACCGAGCUUUGCCGACGCUGCUGACCAAAUGGAAGCGGAGGCGCAAGACAACGGCGGUGACGGUGAUGGCGAGUCGAUUGAUUUUCUAGAUAACUACAUUCCUUCUGAAUCGGCGGAGACUGCGAAGGUGAAGGAAGUGUCGAUCGAUGACGUAGAUGAGCCUGGAACGGGAGAAAAAGAGCAUGUGCAGGAAGUGGAGCAAACGCAAGAAGAGGCUAAACCUGAAGUUGCAGGAAAUAACGAAAGCACCACCACGUUGACGAAAGCGACAGAGGAGCAACCGGCAGUAGCCAGCCUAGAGGUACCUCAGACGAAGGACGGGGCAGAAAACGCAGGUGCCAGUGCAUCGGCAGACGAGAAAGACUCUCUGCCGACCAGCGUCAGCAUCGGCGACAUGGAGUCAAUUGAUUCCGAGGAACAAGGUUCGGUCAUACAUCAUGAAACACCACACGCCACUACAAUUGCUGCUGCUGCUGCUGCCGUUUCACCGAAAGUUAGCAUAGAGGAAAGCAAACCGGAAGAAGAGAAGCCAAGUCCCAAAUGGUUCAGUUUCGAGGAGCCAGACUUUGACCAGGCGAUCCAGAAUAUAACUUCACCGCAGAAUAUGAACCUUGCAUACCACAGGUUCCAGGAUAACGAACACGAACUAGAGCUCAAGUCGACAAAUGACAAGUCCGACGUGAAGAACAGCAGGAACAGCUUGAAGAAGACAUUCAAUGAAAUCAAGACGGGCGUGACUGUGACACAAAACGAUGCUCUAAUCAAUGGGAUCAACUGGGAGUUCUGGUCGGAGGUCUUCAACGAUUAUAGCAGCAUUGUGAAGAACAAACAGAACGAGUUGAAGAUCAAUAUCACCAACGGUGUACCAAAGGAAAUUAGAGGCAUGGUGUGGCAAAUCAUAUGCGAUUCGAACUCCAUGAAGUUGAAGGAAUUUUUCAUCAACACAAAAGACAUCAAGAGUGACUUUGAAAAGCUGAUUAAAAGAGAUCUUGCAAGAACAAGCUUCAUCAAGGAUAGUGCCAUCAAGGAGAAAAUUGACGACCUCUUCAACAUCAUAAAGACCUACAGCUUGUAUGACGAGGAAGUGGGAUACACACAAGGCAUGGCAUUUAUAACUGUUCCACUUUUGAUGAACAUGGAGUCAGAUGAAGCCUUCUGUAUGCUUGUAAGACUAAUGUUCACUUACGGCUUCAGAGAGUUUUAUUUACCCGACAUGCCCGGAUUACAUUUGAGGAUAUACCAAUUUGACAGAUUGAUCGAAGACACAAUACCUGAGCUCCACUUGCAUCUAAAGAACCAGAAGAUCAAGUCUUCGAUGUAUGCUAUACAGUGGUUUUUAACACUUUUUGCGUACAAGUUUCCAUUGGACAUGGUGCUAAGGAUCUAUGAUGUCGUUGUGGCGGAAGGUCUAGAAUCGUUGCUCAAAUUUGCGUUGAACUUGAUGAUUAAGAACAAGGACCAUUUGCUCAAGUUGGGCUUUGACGACCUGCUCGACUUUUUGAAGGAGAAGCUAUUUUAUUACUACUUGGCUGUGCCGGACUCAUCAAGGGAGAAGGACAAGGGUGAGACCGAACAGGAAGAAGAAGAGCAAGCGGGGGAAUCCAACACAUACCAGAUAGACCGAUUUAUCAAGGACUCGAUGGAAAUCAACAUCCUUCCUAUCACCCUCAACAAGUACAGUGCGGAGUUUGAUGAAAUUGACAAGCUUGAAAAGCAGCGUGAGAAACAAGUAAAGGAGCUGCAAGCGAAGAACGGUCUGUUGACCAAGGAGAUACGUAAGAUCGAGGCGUCUUACGCGCUAUUGAACAAGGAGCAUGUUGAGAUUGCCACCGAGAUGGUGAACGGCAAAGUGAAGAUUGGAGCCUUGGAGGAAGACAACAAGAAUUCACGGGAAGAGAUCGAGAAACUAAGGACCCGGUUAGAAAACUUGACGUCGCAGAAAAGCGGCGGAGAGCGUGUUGACUUCAGCGGUCAGUUGUCGCAGGGCUUGGACAAGGAAAUUCAGAACGCGAUGGACAUCAACCUGAAGGUGAUGGAUCAAAACCGCAUUUUGGAAGACACCCUUGCCAAAUUGGAAGAGGAGAACCAGGUGCUGAACUCCACAUCCCACAAGAUGAGACCGGCCAAGCUAGGCUCAAUGUUUGGACUGAAGAAGGGCGGCAAGCUGUGCUAUCUCACUUUAUCGUGCUAUGGCGCCGACGCGUCGAUUUUCUCUUUCUUUCCCGAAGAAGGGAGCCGUUCUCGCGAGGCAGAGAAGGAUGCCGAAGUAGGGAGAGGAGGGUGUGGAACGGGCGGUGGAAGAAGAACAAGGGGUUCCACAAGCCAGAACAGAGAAAUGAUGAUGAUGGAUUCCGUCAGGGCGUUCUGCCAGAGUGCGCAGAGCGGCGUGAGGGCGUUCUCCACGUCUGUGAGCAGCAAUGCGAGAGCGUACAAGAGCGUUGUGAACAGACAAUUGAAGCAGAAGCCAGAGUACAAGGUUGGCGACGCCAGACCCAACAAAUUGUGGGUUCCGAAGGAGGUGAGCAAGUAUCCGGAAUACCCGUACGGCGAGGCCCGCAUUUUCAGAAGAGCCGACAGAGGAUUGUACGGCGGACAGGUGAUCACGUUUGGUAACAAGAUCUCCGAGAUGCGGAACCACAACAGAAGAACGUGGUUGCCGAACGUGGUUGUGAAAACCCUGUGGUCUGCUGCGCUGAACCGCAUGAUCAGAAUGAGACUCACUGCCCGCGUCUUGAGAACGAUCACCAAGGAGGGGGGGUUGGACAACUACGUCACCAAGGACAAGGCUGCGAGAGUGAAAGAGCUCGGCAUUUUCGGCUGGCACCUCAGGUACGACGUUCUGAGGGCCAGGGACGCUGCUGCGAGACCGCCUGCCUACGAGGUCGUCAAAAGGGACGACGGCAGCGAGGCGAAGGUGUUCUUCAGGGGCGAGUACCGCGGUGCGCCAAUCCAGUUGGCUGUGGGCAAGAGAAAGUUGCUGGAGACCCUCUACCCGGCCGUGAAGCAGAACACUGUUGGCGAGCUCAAGUUUGGCCAGUUCAACGUCCCACGGGCCGCCAACAGCAUCGAGGAGAUCCUCAAGGAGUGCGAGGCGCUCAACGUCGACCUCUCUGGCUGCACCGUGUGA